AGGAAGACCUAAGAAAGGAACAAGCUCCUAGGAGCCUUCUCCCUGCUCGGUCAGGAUGCCCAACCGGAGCCGCGAAAUAGCAAUAAGGUAUCUAUACAACGGAUUUUCGAUCUCCCGGGGUAACUCGUCCCCCAUGACCAAGCGACAUCGGCCCUCAUCGGUCAAUUGCCGUGCCGGGGGGCAAACCGAGUAUAAUCUCGCAAGAAAUGCCUCCCGUUCUUCCUCAAAGGCCUCGCAUUCAAAUAACGUGUGUUGGAUCGUUUCCGAUUCACGAGAUUCGCAACAAGGGCAUUGCGCGUUACGAACAAGCUGCGUUCGGCUGCUCGAACUCCGGAGGUCGUGGCAACCCAAUCGGAACUUCGUCUUCAAUCUCCGCCCUUCCCGAAGAGACCCGGGGCACGUUCUGAGUAAAUAUUCCGGCAAGCCGAAACGUUCCUUCUCGACCCAAUUGCUCAUGUUGCGGAGAGUCGACAUUUCCUUGAAGCCAUCGGCGAGCUCGGAAACUCGGCGCGAUGCGACGAAUUCAUUGACGAACUUUUUCGCGGCCGGUUUUUUCAGAGGCCCGGGCCAAUUCGCUUCUAACGCCAGAUUUUCAAGGAACAAAGCUCCGUUCUUCGACGAUCCGCGACCUUUAGAAUCAUUCAUCAGGCCGUCGUAUACGCGGCGAACGAGGAAAUCCUGAGGGUCCAACGACAAGAUGCUGUUGCGGAAUUUCAACGCCGCGGCGUUUAUACGAGUUCCGACGGACGCGACGCCCAGUUCGUGCCAGACGGCGACCGAAGCCGUUUUCGCUUCCACGCCGAGCAGGCGCCGAUAAAUGAUAUUCAACGCGACCGCGAUGUCGUGAUAUUGGCUUUCCGGACAAGCGUGCGCUUGCACUCCUCGUCCGUCGAGCACGGUUCAUCGUUCGCGGCGAAGACCCAGGCCAUUUGCUGGUGCUUGUACCACCGGUUCCGCCGCGUCUCGCGCGGCGAAGGCGUCGUACGCGCGGGCCAUGUUCGUCCGCGUGCGGUACAGCCUCGCGUGGGCCCGGGACAGCGCGUGGCCCGCGCGGGCCACGACGUAGUGGAGCGCGGCGUUCUCGACCCAGGCGCCGUGGAGCGCCGGGACGCCGUACGCGCCGCGGAGGUAUUCGAGGUAGAGCAGCUCCGCGUGCGCGGCGCCCCCCGACGGGCGACGCGGAUCCCAGCGCGAAUCCCCGCGCAAAGCGCGUCGCCUUGACGACGACCGCGGUCCGGCGGCCGUCGAGCACGAGCGUCGACGCGUUCACGUACUUCUCCAACGAUACAAUAGACUCGUUCCCCGGCGUCCGCAGCGGCGCGCCGGGGCCCGCGAGGUCCGCGGCCGCGCGCACGCGCC